AUGUGGAGAAGGAUCGACUUCCUGCGCACCGUGCUUGAAUUGGGUUACAAUUUCGUCUUCACGGAUACAGAUAUAAUGUGGUUUAGGGAUCCAUUUCCACGGUUUUAUCCAGAUGCGGACUUCCAGAUUGCGUGUGAUCAGUAUUCAGGGGAUAGUGUUGGUUUAGGAAACAUAGUCAAUGGAGGGUUUAGUUAUGUGAAGGCUAAUAAUCGUUCCAUAAGAGUUUUACAAGUUCUGGCACUCGUCGCGUGA